AACCCCAAUUACAUCGCACGCCCUCGCAACUCCUUCAUUAUUUUCCGAGGACUCAUGUGCACGUUAUUCUGCCCUCCAGAGGCGAAGGACAUGUCAGCAUGGGUGGCAUGGCAAUGGUCCCUUUUAUCUCCGGAGUCGAAGCAGCACUUCCAGGACCUCGCGAAGGAGGAAAAACGCAGGCACACCCUCAAAUAUCCAACCUAUGAGUACAAGCCGGACCAU